AUGGAGGCGCAGGGAGGGGCUGGAAGCCCAGAGCCAAACAAAGACAUUCAGAAGUUGUUGAAGCCAUCCAGCUCUGCAGACCUCUGCAGGGAUCUGUUCCAGCCUCCUGUAGCUGAAGAGGAAGGCGCUUUGUCAGGGCACACGUCUGCCAGUCUGCUGCACAUCGCUGAGCGGAGACGCGAGUCCCGGGAGCCUCUGAGCAGCGUGUCGUCAUUGGAGGUCCACUUUGACCUCUUGGAUCUGACAGAGUUGACUGACAUGUCUGACCAAGAGUUAGCAGAGGUUUUUGUUGACUCUGACGAAGAAAACCACAACGAGUCAUCAGCAGGGUCCCAGCAGCCUGUGUUGAAGACUGGGUACAUGCGCUCCCCCUCCUGGACACGCUGUAACAAGGCAGAGACUCAGAGGGAGAGGAAACACCACAGUGACUCGGACACCAUGGAGCCCUUCAUGAAGCUGGAGCGCUCCAAACAUCCCUGA